UAGACAUUGUACAGGUGAGCAGGUAAGUGGGCGUGUGAUCCAAUAUAUUGAUUGGAAUAUUAUUUGGCCGACAAGACAGGCGCCAUUUAAGUCAGGUCUAGUCUGAUCAUGGACCCCCGUACCAGUGCCCAGGACGUGAUGCGAUGUGACCUGUGUGAGACCGCUGUGGUACAGAUGCAUUGUGAUACAUGUCUUGUCAACCUGUGUAGGGCCUGUGUGGGAGAACACAUGGUAUCUGAUGAAUCUAAGAAACAUGAAGUUGUUAGAUUUACUCUUAGAAAAUCGACCCCCCUCUACCCUGGGUGUAAAAUUCAUGAUAAACAACAAUGUACAAUGUACUGUAAUCAAUGUGACAUUCCUGUGUGUGACACCUGCCUUGCUUCUGAUCAACAUCUGGGUCAUAAAUUAUUGAAAAUAUUACAAGUUCUUAAUGAGAAAAAGGAAAAGAUUAUCAAAGAAAACAUUGAACUAAAUCAAAUAAUUUAUCCAACCUACCAGGACAUUGCCUCUGAUGUACAAAACAGAAUGAGUCAGUUGGAAAAGGAAUAUGGAGAUCUCUCAACUGCCAUAACACAACAUGGAGAGAGCUGGCACAGAGAAAUUGACAAAAUUGUUCAGAAACUAAAAGCAGAAGUUGAUGAGAUGAAAAACUCACAGUUACAAACUCUACAGAAACAUCUGGAUGAAAUUAAGAAAAGAAUUUCUGAAAUCAAAAAUGAAAUCAGUUCAUUUGAGGUUGAUGUAGAUUAUAAUGACAUUUCAAAGCUACUCAGGGUAACAUCUAAUAUAGACAGACACAGAAAACUUCCAGAAAAGAUUGUGCACUCCUUACCUACAUUUUCUCAAGGAAGAAUUCAAAAACUUUGUAAAAUAUUCGGAACAUUAAUAUCAUCAAGUUUUUCAACUUCAGAAAAAACUGGCUACAGCAUGAAGACAACACAACAAUCACCAGAAGCUGGAUCCUCUCCUCCAGUCAAACAGCUGCUUGAUGAACCAGAGAUCGUCAGCACCAUAGACACUGGGUUUGGAUACCUUUACAAUGUGGUCUGUCAGAAUGAUGAAGAGAUAUGGACAACAAGACAUAACAGUACCAUGAAACUCUUCAGCAUCAGUCAGGGAUCACUACUCAAGUCAAUCACAACCAAGUCAGAGAACAUGCCAGAUGACAUAACUGUGACAAUUAGUGGAGAUCUAGUUUAUACUGAUUACUGGGAUAAAACUGUGAACAUAAUGAGGAAAGAGAAGAUAGAGGAGGUGAUCAGACUACAGAACUGGAGACCUAGCGGUGUCUGUAGUACCUCCUCUGGUGACCUCCUGGUUAUCAUGGAAAGUGAUGAUAACAAACAAACAAAAGUUGUCCGUUACUCUGGCUCCACAGAGAAACAAACCAUUCAGUUUAAUGAACAAGGUUAUACUCUCUAUUCAGCUGGUACUUGUUACAGAAACAUAACUGAGAACAGGAACCUGGAUAUUUGUGUGUCAGACAAUCGAGCUAAAGCAGUAGUGGUGGUCAAUCAGGCCGGGAAACUGAGAUUCAGGUACUACGAACAUGCCCAUACCCCAAAGAACAAAAGACUCAGUCCACUAGGAAUCACCACAGACAGUCAGAGUCACAUCCUUACAGUUGAUUCUAACAAUGACUGUGUCCACAUCAUAGACCAAGAUGGACAAUUCCUCCGUUACAUAGACUGUGGACUGAGUAGACCCUGGGGACUGUGUACGGAUACAAAUGACAAUUUGUUUGUUUCUCAAAAUUAUUUGAACCAAGUGAAGAAAAUCAAAUAUCUGCAGUGAAACCAUAAUCAAAAUAAUCCAGGCCUCAGGAUCAUGAAAAAGACGUUGACUUAAGUCAAAUUUUCAAUUGUCU